AUGAAUAGAAAUAGGCGUGAAAACGUGAAUGUUUCUCCCCAAGAGCAUUUUCUGAACAAUGUUCAGACAAUGCUCAGUAAUAUUCUGCGAAACGUGGAUAGCGGAAUGGGCGAGGACGACAAAGUCGCAGCCAGGGCGACUAUUGAGCAAAUCCGGACGAAUUGUCACCGCAUGCUUGGCACAAUGCAGCCUAGACUACUAGAAAAUAUAAUAUCAAACCUCACAGACGUUGUACACCAGAUAAAUGAGUCUGUUAAUGCGCCACAAGAUGUUCAAGAUACAAACAAUGGCGGGUUUCGGAUAAGACUUGGUGCGCGGGGACCACCGAAUUACCAAAUAGAUCAAGGCCAAUUGCAGCUUCUACUGGAUAGGGGCUUCACAGUGAAGAGAAUCGCCGAGGAUGGUCUUCUCGGAAGCAAAAUGAACAAGAGCACUCUAUUCAGAUUCAUGAGGCGAAAUAGAAUUCUGCAGCCUAGGAUAGCAUUAAAUGUAUCUGAUGAUGUAGUGAGAGAUGUAAUGUCCAGAUAUAUAAUGGAGCACCCAAAUUCUGGUAAGUUUAGUAGGUACCUUGCACUUGAAGAUUUUAAAAGAAAAUGCAAGUUACAGCGGAUAAUUUCAAAUCAAUAACUGAUUAAUCAAAUGAACAAUUAACUAAUUUAUUAAUGUUUGGUAAAUUGAAAUAAAUAGAAAAAGAUGAGUGGCAAUGACACUCAUAAGCAUCGUCUAAAAAAGGAAGAAAAACUACAAUGGAAAAUUACUGAGCCAUUUAACGCAGUCUUUGUAAGAAAUAUAUAUGUAGCGAGUUAAAGUUUCGCAGGAUCUCUUAUUACACGAGCAGUAUUGUUUCAAUGCCAAUCAAAGUGAUCAUGGUUAGGGUCCUGUAGAACAACCCUUUUAUAUUUAUGUUCCCGAUUGCAGCCUAAUUGCUUGACACAUAUCGCUCUUCUCCAGUUUGAUAAAGUUUGACCUUGAAUAUUAUGUGAACUUUUAUUAGGCAACAUGUUUAGAAUUGUAAACUGUUAAUAGUGUCUUAUAAUUCUAAUGAAGG